CUUCAUGUUCUGAUAUCGACCCCAAACGGAAUAGCACCCUCUGGAAAAGGUAGCUUGAAUCGAUCUCCAUCAAUAAGCCUAAUGCGGUACUCCGUGCGGUUCGUCAAGUCAGUGUCUUUCUGUGCAAGAUCAAUCGAUGACAGUAGUCUGAGCAUACGUGUACCGUUUAGGGAGGUAAAUUGGUCUAUCUACGUCGUGGGUAAAUGGAAUAGUCUGAAAAUGAGCAUACAAACAAAAAAAAAGAAUAAUACCUAUGAAAGUCACUAA